AGCCGAGGCUCCAUGGUCAAGUGACAAAGGAGGGCUGAAUCUCACUCCUAGACAGAACAUAUCAUCCAUUAUAUGUAUCUCUCUCCUUCUGCACCCACUUUUAGCGAAUAUCGUUGAGCUCAAUCAAAAUGCCUAUUACUAACCGACAAGCUAUCUACGCCAAUACGCCCUCACCGGCAAUCGAUCCAUCGCCGAACGGCACCUUCAAGAUCUCCUCCACAACCAUCCCCGACGAUAUUCCCGACGAUAAAGUCCUCACUCGCGUCCACUACCUUUCGCUCGACCCGGCGAUGCGCCAAUGGCUCACCGCUAAGCGAUCCUACAUCGCCCCCGUCGAGCGUGGUAGCGUCAUGCGCGGCCAGAGUAUCGCCCAAGUGAUCGGCGUCGGCAGCAACCUUAAAACCCAAUAUAAAGUUGGAGACUGGGUGAUCGCUUACUCCGGCUGGCAAGAGUACGCCCUCCUGGGCCCAAAGGAGGCACAAAAGGUCGUCAUUCCCCCGGGAUGCAAGCCCACCGACGCAAUGUCGGUGCUUGGCAUGACAGGGUUGACCGCGUACUUCGGUAUGACGGAAGUUGGACAGCCGAAACCGGGCGAUACAGUCGUCGUUUCCGGCGCUGCAGGCGCUACGGGCAUGGUGGCCGGACAGAUUGCGAAGAUCAAGGGCGCGAAACGGGUUGUUGGAUUGGCGGGUAGCGCUGAUAAAUGCGACUUCCUGCGCAACGAGCUGGGCUUCGAUGCGGCUAUCAACUACAAGGACAAGGAUUGGAAGAAGCAGUUGAAGGAUGCAACCCCAGAGUAUAUCGAUGUGUUUUUUGAUAAUACUGGGGGUGAGAUUCUCGAUGCGUGUCUUGCGCGGGCUGCGCGCGACGCUCGGUUUGCCAUCUGUGGUGCGAUCAGUCAGUAUAAUUCAGCGAAGCCGCAGGGUCCCGCAAGCUUUAUGACUGUAAUUUCGCAACGAGUGACCAUGAAGGGCUUCAUUGUCUUCGACUACGCUAAGAAAUACCCGGUCGCGUUGAAGGACUUGUCGGAAUGGCUGAUGCAGGGUAAGCUCAAGCGCAAGGAGCACAUUAUUCCUGGUGGACUAGAGGCUGCGCCUCAGGGCUUGGUAGACCUAUACAAGGGUGUCAAUACGGGUAAGAUGAUGGUCGAAGUGGCCCCUGCGAGUGAGGCGAUCGGGGCCAAGGCCAAACUGUAGGCAGCUGGACUGUCGCAUUUAUCUAUUUCUAGUUUGGACAAUAAGCUAUAAAUAAAAUGAGAGAAGUGAUACUUAGUUGAAUGCUCCG